AUGGCGGAAAGAGAUACUCCAAGUAGGAAUACUCGAGGUAGUCCUCAUGCUUAUGAUGGUCCUAGUUUCUCUUUGGGAUUUUCACAACAACAACUUCCAAUUGCAGGAGAAUCUGCUAAAAUUGCUGCUGAGAGAAGAAGCAAGAAGAUUCAUGACCCAUCAAGGAUGCGUCAACUUCCUCCAACUGAAAUUUCAAAACGGAGCAAGCAAAAAGAUGAUGUACCAGAAACUAAAUUCUAUGUUAGGAGUCAUCCUGAAGAGGCUCCAUCGAUGCAACGACACACUAAUAUCGAGGUGUUCAAAGAUAUCAAGAGUAAGCUAACUGUUCCACAGUUAGAGAUCUUUUCCAAGACAAUAUUUGGGAAAUUCCUCGGAAUGCAGCACCUGGAGGUUCAAGCACAGAUUUUUAGGUGCUUCAUGGUAAGAGAGCUCAAGGAGAGCACUUCUGAUUGCUUUACAAUUGAUAUAAAUGGUGCCGUAUUGAGAUUUACCAUGAGAGAAUUUGCCCUUAUGAGCGGGCUAAAUUGUGUAGCCGAUGAAGGUGAAUUUACAUACGAUGAGGAAGAAUCGAAUAGGAUUAUGGAUGUAUAUUUUGGUGGAACUAGGAGUAAAGUAAAAAGAUUGGAGUUCAUUGAUUGCUUUAAGAAUAAGUGUUGGGGAGAUAAUGAUGAGGACGCUGUUAAGUUUGCAAUUUUGUUUUUUAUAAAUACAUACAUCUUUUGCGGUGAGCCUAGGAAAACGAGUAUACCAAGGGUUCAUUUUGAAGUGGUUGAGGAUGGAAGGUAUGUAGAUUAUCCAUGGGGCAAAGAAGCUUUUAACGAGUUGAUUAGAAGCAUCAGCAAGAAGUAUUCUGCCACAACACAGUAUUAUAGGAUCCAUGGGAUGCCAUUGGCUAUGCAAGUUUGGCUUUAUGAGUGUUGUUCAAGAGUUCCAUCGUAUCUCGCUAUUAAAUCCGGAAAUUCCAUUCCAAGAAUGUUGAAUUGGAGGUCCAUCGAUAGUCAGCCAAAAUAUAAUAUUUUGAUGGAAGGCAUUUUUAGAGACGGCAAACAGUCGAGCUGUACAUUUGCAAAUACAAUCCCCACUAGCAGUGAGUUGGAGAGCCUCCAAUUGCUCGAUGUUGUUGUCUGUCGCGAUACAGUAGACAAAAAUGUCUUAGUUGAUGCCAAUGAAGGUACCCAAGUCACAGAUAUGCCAGUGGAUGACUUUGAUGAUUUCACUUCCACAUCUAAGAAACAACAAAUCCACACCGAACCACAGACAACUGUGAAGAAGAGUCACAAGGAUCAAAAGGUUGCUCAAAAGCUUAUUUUACAGAAGUCUGCUUCACCAAAGUUGAAUGAACAAAUGAAUAGACCCCAAAACACCACAGUCCUACGUGAUGUCCUUACUAUAUCCAUGAAAGAGGAAAUACAAUUGCUAAGGAAAGAUUUUCAAGUUUUCAAGGAAUCAGUCGUUGGUGAGUUCACAAGUGAGUUGUCAAAGCUUCGAACUUUCAUGGAUGACAACUUCAAGAAGCUAUUUGAAGCAAUCAAGGUGAACAAUUCUGCGGACAAGGCUGCCGAUAGUGAGGCGCCGGAGCAUCAAACUGAUGCUGGGCUACAGUUAACGCCUGAAGAAAACUUACGUCAUGAUUCUACCAUUCAAACAUCUCCUCCCAAACAUGAUGAUGAGUCAAUUAAGGGUGUUGGACCAAAGUUGCAUGAGGAAGUUCCGGAAAUUGUAGUGACCGCCGGAAAUUUAAGAGCAGAUACACGUAAAGCUUCAUCUGAAGAGAUUAAUCAGACGGACGAAGGAUCUUUCAACUCAACAGAGGGAUUGUGGUGUGUAUGUUGCCGCAUUUUGCUGAAUACGUUUGUUCUGGAUGAGGCGUUCCAUCUGAAAUUGAUGCAGAAACACUACGUAAUAGAUACGGGGCAUUACUAUGGGAAUACGGAUGGCAAAAGGCUGAUUUGA